UGCUAACUGACAACAAGUUGUGACAGUGUCUUGCAUUCUUUCUGGGCUUGAACGCAGCGACGCUGUAACGGGGAUUCGCAUCAGUAUCAGUAUCAGUAUCAGUCAGUAUGAUGAGCUCCUGAAGAGGAGUUGCUUGAUACACAAGGUCCUUUUUUGGCCCUGUGUUGUGUGGAAAAACACAGGCUUACGGUUAGUGAUGCAGGAGAAACGCCCCGGGCGCUGCUUCUCCACCGGCGUGAGUCAGAUGCAGUUUGGCUCAUCUCCAGGCGAGAAAUGAUGACAUUCGUGGAAAGAGCAGUGCCAUGUUGGAGCAGCCAGUGCUGAUAAAGACGAAAGAGAGGAGACUCCUCGCACACUUUCCCGUCAGCCCUGUGGCAGCCAGGUCGGGGCGAGACGAGUAUGGGGGGGGGGAGCCACUGGGCCACAUCCAGGUGAAGCGGGACAAUGACUUUCAAUCUCAACCUCCUGACCUUACACAGGUCACACCGGCUGCUGAAGUCAGUCUGGGAGAUGGGCUCUUGUUGCUGGCCCGGUUCAGUCACAGAAGGAGCGCCGUCGGCCUCCAGAAGAUGGCUGCGCCGGUUCCUGCUGCUGAAACUGGUGACGGUGCUGCUGUUCCCCCACGGGGCAGCCAUUCCCCUGCUGGUGGGCUGCGUGUUGAGCCUGCGGGCCCUCUCGCUGCUCCGCUCCGCCCACAUCUCCACCAAGCCCUCCACGGUGCUCCUGGGCCAGCUGGCCCUCUCCGACAGCCUUGUCCUGCUGCGGUGGGCGCUUUGGCAGGGAGCGACGCUCUCCUGGUGGAUGGAGGAGUCGGGCUGGGAGGUCGAGGCGGGCGCCGCGGAGAAGGGGGAAUCGGUCCGGUGGAGGGAGGCUGUGAGCGCGCUCUGUCAGCCGCUGCUUGAUGCCCACCACCUGGCCUCUCUGCUCCUGCUGGGCCUGCUGGGGCUGGAGGCCACGCUGGUGUCACGCUGGCCCCAGCAGACUCGGAAUUUCAGGACAUCUCACUGGGCCCAGCUCAGCUGCGGCCUGGUCUGGGUGCUUGUGCUGCUAGAGCUCAUGGUAUCGCUACCCAGAAAUAUUUUGCAGGACUCCAGACGUGAGACGCACUCGUCACCGCUCCACGAGUCCCAGCCGUCGCAUGCGGGUUUGGGGCCUCCUUCCUCCCUGCCUGCUUUCUCCCCCUGCCUGAGGAGGAUAUUAUGGCUGAUUAAUUUAUGGCUGCAUUAUGCUUUUUUCUGUAGUAAACCACAAAGGAGAAGGAGCUCCUUUCAUUGAAAGUGUUGUGCUAAAUCUACACACAACUGACUGUUGUUUGCUAUUUUAAUACAUUUUAUUUAUAGAAUAAAUUAAAUGUCAAACUGAUAACAAGGGGGAGAUGUCUUUAUAUGGACCCAACAAGGAAACCAUUGAAACUCAAGCUGUUAAAAUCUGUCUGUGGCCACACGUCUGUGGCUACACGUGGCUGUCGUCACACAUACUGUGUGCUUACGUACCUUCACUCCUGUGAUGAAAUUAUCACGAUGCUUCACAACAUGUAUCCGUAGCACAAGCACCAGAGAGUCUCAGUACAUGUCAGUUUGUCAGCUGUAACUAAAGUUUGUACUUUAGCUACUGGUGAUCCCAGGCCGACUAAGCUCGUAGAAGUGACUCCUCUAAGUGUUUAUUGUUUAUGAACUCAGCUUUUCAGCUGUCAUUUCUCCUUUCAAAACGUUUGAACAUCAAUGAAGAAGCCCUUCCAAAAACUGGAUCCCCAAUUUGAGAAUGUAUAAAACUCAAAAGCAUGAAAUACUAGCAUGCAAGAAAAAGCGAUAAGAAGAACACAAACACGUAGUUUAACACAAAUGUUACAGCUGGCCCAUAGAUGUAACGUGCUAUGUUUACAUUUCAGAUGUUUUGAAGAGCUGAACACACAUUUAAACGGUGAGAGAUUAUGAUCUCUCAGAUUGUAAAACGGGUUCUUUCCAAUGUUUGAAGUGGCGGACAGCACAGGAUGCUUCAUUUGAGCUGUGUUUCACACAAAACAGUUUGAGACAUUAAACAUCUCAAGUA